AUGUCACUUUGCUGUUCACUCAGUAACGAGGUGCCUGAAGAGCCCGUUCUUAGUCCGCGAUCCGGUCACAUCUUUGAGCGUCGUCUUAUCGAAAAAUACCUCACAGAAACGGGUUGCGAUCCUAUCAAUCAGCAGCCUCUCUCCCCUGAAGAGCUAAUUGAGGUCAAAACAUCGCCAUUGGUGCGUCCUAAACCGCCUUAUGCCACUUCAAUUCCUGCCAUUCUAAAAACUCUUCAGGACGAGUGGGAUGCCGUCAUGUUGCAUUCGUUCACUCUUCGCCAGCAGCUUCAAACGGCUAGACAGGAGCUCUCACAUGCUCUCUAUCAGCAUGAUGCUGCUUGUCGUGUAAUUUCGAGGUAUUGGGGCUAUCGCAUUCAGCCUUCAAGGAGUAGAGCUAUGUUAAUAAUGGGGCUUUUGAUUAUGUCUAGAUUGAUGAAGGAGGUUACUGCUGCUCGGGAGGCCUUGGCCACACUGAAACCCCACACGGGCAUCGGUGCUGCUGCCCAACCUGCUGUGCAGGCACAGGACGUGUCUGAGGCUCCCGCUGCCGAUAGUGCCAAUCUGCAAGAAGAGGUCGGCCUAUCUGAGCAGGUGAUUACACGACUUCAGGAGCGCGCCGCCCAACUGACAGAGGAGCGAAAGAAGAGAGGUAAGACAAUUCCAGAGGGAUUGGCAAGGUCUCGCGAUAUUUCCGAGUACAAACAGAUCGCCUCCUUGGUGGGCAUGCACUCGCCUAGUAUUCCAGGCAUCCUCUGCUUGGAUGCGAGCGAAACCGUACCGGAGCGCAUCAUCACUGGUGGCAAUGAUAAGAAUGCCGUUGUUUUCAAUACACAGGCCUCUCAACUUACCGUCUCGAAUUGUCUCUUAUCGACAAUCCUGUAUUUUCAUCCCAAGGUGGUGUCAAUUCUGCGUGGACAUACGAAGAAGGUGACGCGAGUGGUGUACCACCACAGUGAGCAGCUGGCCUUCACCGCCUCGCCGGACUGCACUGUGCGGGUCUGGGGGGUGGAACAGGCGCAAUGCGCCUCCGUAAUCCGCGCUCACGCCGGUCCCGUUACCGGUCUCUCACUCCACGCCAUCGGUGACUACCUCCUCUCCUCCUCCGCCGACGGUCAGUGGGCUCUCAGCGAUCUGCGGCGCGGACAGGUCCUCGUCAGGGUCACUGUGGAGAAAGGCGGCUCGCUUCAAGGUUUGACCUGUGCCCAGUUCCACCCGGACGGCCAGAUUUUGGCUACUGGAACGGUAGACGGUGAGGUGAAAAUUUGGGACAUUCGAGAACGUCGUAACGCAGCCAACUUCACCCACGGCAUGGGUGCUAACCAGCCACUCACCGCCGUCUCCUUCUCUGAAAACGGCUACUAUCUCGCCACCGGCGGUGCCGAUGGCCAGAUCAAGCUGUGGGAUCUGCGCAAACUGAAGAACUUUAGAACUCUCACUCCGGAAUUGGAGCGAGCAAAUUCGGUCUACGAGAUCAAUGACCUUGAGUUCGACCAGUCGGGAUGCUAUCUUGCAGUUGCUGGCAGCGACGUUCGUGUCUACCUCUGCAAGCAGUGGGAUGAGCUGGUGACGUUCACAGCGCACACCUCUCCGGCCACUGGUGUUCGAUUCGGUCCCAACGCCAAAUCAGUCAUCUCGUGCAGUCUUGACCGCAGCGUCAAGAUUUAUGGCACCGGACCAGGGGAGGCAGGUGACGGCGACUCCGCCAUGGAGACCUAG